AUGGCCACGCUCGAUGUUGAGGCGCUGCUCGAUGCAACUGCCACCAAAGACGAAACCAAGGACACCAAGCCCAGGGAAUCUGAUGAUCGAUUAAAGUCGGACCGCGCCGACCGGCGGGACCGAGACCGUGCUCGUGACGACAGCCGAGAUCGCGACAAUGAUCGCAAACGAAGAGACCGUAGCUCCGACCGUCGACGCUCAGAUCGUCCUGAUGACCGCGAAGCUACUCCGCGUAGUGAUGCCGGUAGCCACAAGAGUAGGCGUAGAAGUCGAAGCCGCGAUGAUGAUCGCCGUCACUCACGACGUCACAGAGGAGGCGAUGGGGAUUUUUACCGUGGCGGCCGUGGCGGCCGAGAACGCUCCCGCUCUCGAUCACCCCAUCGCUACUAUCGUCCCAGAGAUGAGCGCCGCGACCGCGAUGACCGUGCCCAUCCCCGAGCCAAGGACGACGACCGUCCCCGCGGCGGUCGAACGCCCAAGAGAGACGCUACUCCUCAGCUGACGGAAGAUGAGCGCGAUCGCAGAACCGUUUUCGUCCAGCAGCUCGCUGCCCGGCUUCGAACCAAGGAGCUUAAAGAAUUCUUCGAAAAGGUUGGCCCUGUCAACGAAGCCCAGAUCGUCAAGGAUCGAAUUAGUGGUAGAUCCAAAGGUGUCGGCUACGUCGAGUUCAAGAAUGAAGAUUCUGUCACUGCUGCACUUCAACUUACAGGUCAAAAGCUACUAGGUAUCCCUGUCAUUGUCCAGCUUACCGAGGCUGAGAAGAAUCGACAAGUCCGAACCACAGACAGCUCCAGCACCAACGCCAAUUCUGUCCCCUUCCACCGUUUGUAUGUUGGCAACAUCCACUUCAGCAUCACGGAACAGGAUCUCCAAAAUGUCUUCGAGCCUUUCGGCGAGCUUGAAUUUGUCCAGCUUCAGAAAGACGACAACGGCCGCAGCCGCGGGUACGGAUUUGUACAGUUCCGCGACGCUGAUCAGGCUCGUGAAGCUCUCGAAAAAAUGAACGGGUUCGACCUUGCAGGUCGCCCGAUCCGCGUCGGACUCGGAAACGAUAAGUUUACCCCCGAGUCAACUGCCAAUCUCCUACAGAGAUUCCAGGGACAGAACCAACCGGGAUUCCAGGGUUCCGCAUUUUCCGGUGCUGGCGGUCGAGGACAGCAAGCAUCAGGUUUCGACCGCGCCGGUGGCCGAGAUAACGACAAGGCUACCGGUGCUAGCGCUCUUGAUGAUACUGAUGUCGGUGGAGUAAACUUCAACAACUACAGUCGUGACGCCCUGAUGCGUAAGCUCGCCAGAACUGAUGAUGCUCCUAACGGUGGCCGCGAUGAGAGACAGGUCCUCAAACCCAAGACGGAAACCAAGCCCUUGCCUGUCAAUGUUAACAUGGCUAGCCGUUGUGUCGUCCUGCACAACAUGUUUGAUCCUGCUGAGGAAGAAGGUGAAAGCUGGAUUAAGGAGUUGGAGGACGACGUUCGACAGGAAGCCGAGGACAAGUACGGCCAUGUGGUCCAUAUUUCCCUUGAUCCAAACUCCGCGGGCGACAUCUACCUUAAAUUUGACAAAGUCCAGGGAGGCGAGAACGCCAUCAAGGGCUUGAACGGACGGUACUUCGGAGGACGCAUGAUCAGCGCUGCACCUGUUGUGGAUGCCGUCUACAGCAGUUUGUUUUCUCGCACCAAGGCUAUUUGA